UAUUAGUUAUCGUAAAAUAUUACUUUUGAUGAAUGGUGACAUUUAGAAGUUUGCGCCUUGUAAAGUAUUUAAAAUAAGAAAAGAAACAAUUAUCUCUUUCUCAAUUUCAAAAAGUACGUUAUUAGUUCGCGAUAAUUUUUUCAGUCUUUCCACUGCCAAGAACAGAUCAAGAAGGAUGUCGGUCAGAAAAAGGAAGUUGAGGCUAGACGAUGAUGACAACAUGUCGAGUUUUAAUAUGGCAUCGAGGUCAUCAAGCCAAAAGAAAACGUCAAAAACCACCAUGAGACGAUAUUACACUUUAAUAUUCCUGGGAUUUAUGAUAUUCAUCUACGUGGCGAUAGCGAACGAUUUAAAACCAUUUCAUCUUGGUGGCAAGGCAAUCGACAGUGUGGCAUUUUCCCUAAAUUUACAAAAACCAUUUUACGUUGUAAUUAUCGAUGCCGGAUCAACAGGAACGCGAGUAUUGGCAUUUGGCUUUCACUCCUCGAUUAUAAAUGGAAAUCUAGUUCUGGACAGUGAAUUAUUUCAUCAGGAGAAACCGGGUUUGAGUUCAUUCGCCGACAAUCCAAUUGAGGGAACAAAAUCUCUACAAAUACUCAUCGAUAAAGCAAAAUCGGUAAUUCCCCAGUCCGAAUGGAAUUACACUCCUCUCUUCAUGAAAGCCACGGCGGGUCUUCGUCUACUUCCCGGUCACAAGGCAAACGAUAUUUUAGAAGUGACCCGAAAUUUUUUGAAAACGUCCGGUUUUCAUUUGAACGAUAAAUCGGUGUCGAUAAUGGAAGGCGUUGACGAGGGUAUCUUCUCGUGGUUCACGGUUAAUUUCCUUCUGGACAGAUUUAAUCAACACAGUCCACAGAGUACGGUUGCGGCUCUCGAUCUCGGCGGUGGAUCGACGCAAGUUACUUUCGCACCCGACGAGGAGAAUAUCAAAGAAUUGAACGACUAUAUUUACAAUAUCAGCGCCUUCAAUCACAAUAUGAGUAUUUACACUCACAGUUAUUUGGGCAUGGGACUCAUGGCUGCGAGGAAGGCGAUUUUGGUGCCGGAAUCGGCGGCGAAAAACGAGAACGGAAUUGUCGAGAUACACUCGGAAUGUAUUAAUCCAUUUAUUAAGACGAAGUGGAAUUAUGCAGGUCAGGAUUAUCUUAUAAUGGGAUCAGAGAAAGGUGCUACUAAAGUUUUUAAGAAUCAAAAUUAUGCCGGUGGCGAGGAUAAACGACCAAUUGUUAAAUUCCAAGAUUGUUUGAGUUUAGUUGAAAAUUACACGAGUACAAUUAAGAGUAAACCGGUGGGACUUAAUAAGCAUGAGAUUUAUGCCUUUUCGUAUUAUUUUGAUAGAACUACUGAGAUUGGAUUAAUAGAUCCAUUCCAGGGUGGAACGAUCACUGUUGGUGCUCUUUACAAAGCAGUGUUGGAAACUUGUGAAUAUGCGAAUACGGAACAACCAUUUAUGUGCCUGGAUUUAACUUUUAUUUAUUCCUUGUUGCGAAAUACUUUUGGUCUCGAGCCUAAAACCAAACUCAAUCUUUUUAAAAAAAUAUCUGGCCACGAAUUAAGCUGGGCUUUGGGAUCAGCAUUUAAUGUAUUACAAAGUGAACUUUGAUAUCCAAAGUAGAUAGAAUUUUAAAAAAAUUUGUAACUUGAUCCAGCGUGGAAGCCGAAACUCGAAACAAAUAUCUUCAUUUCUUACGAUCAGGUAAAUUCCCAUAUUUUUAGUGCCUAUUAGACAUUUUUCUUAUUAUUUUUUUCUCUCCUUAUAAUUCCGUAUCCUGAGUUAUCGUAUUUUGUACUCAAAUCAUAAAAUUAAGAAACUUAAAUUAAACACAGGGAAAAAAAUUACAAUCUUAAAUAAUUGUUAUACGCAAUAUUUGCAGAAACAAAUUUUUUACAUUUAUUGUAAUUUCUUUAUUUUUCGAUAAUUUUUUUAACAAAACAUUUUACAAAUAUUUUACAAUAAUUAACAAUGACAAUUAUUCGUCAUUUAAUAUUAAGAACAUUUAUUUCCUUUUUUUAAAUUUGAUCCCAGGGACAAAAAUUUUAAAUCCGAUUUUUCUUUUUAAAUAAAAAAAAUUUGUUACUUUUUUUUAAAUUAGAUAAAGACAAUAAAAACUUUAUUCGAGUUCUUUUUUUAAAAACUGAUUUAUAUUAUAUUUAUAUUUGUAUUUCAUAAAAAUAUUGAUUGCUAUUUAAUUUAUAAAAAGAAGAAUGAAAUAUCUACUAUUUUAAACGCUACAAAUAUAAUAUACGAAUUAAAUGAUGAAAUUUUUGUAAAUAUGUAAUAUAACAAUCCUCGAUGUCUCUCGAGAUGAUUUCUGUCUCUCAAUGAGCCAAAUUAUAUUCUUGUACAAAAAAUCUUCUUUCUUAUAAUUUCAAUUUUCUAUGUAUUUUAUUAUCUGUCGAUUUCCGAUUUUUUUAAUCCGAGACAUUGAAAGAUGUAAAUUGAAUUUUUUUUCGAAAUCUCGUAAGUCGGAUCCUGAUCUUAUUUAUAAUUUUCUUGAAAUAUUUUUUUAUUAUUAAUUUUUAAAUAUAAAAAAAAAUUUUUGAAAAUAUAAAAGCAUGAAAAACUGUUUUUUUUUUAAUUUAAAUUUUUUAAGUUUAUUAUUUGCAGUUUAAAUUAAUAAUGAAUCAAAGAGUACACAUUAAAAUCUUUUAAUGUCUCGAAAGAUAAUGUGCGUCUCUGUAAAUCAAUUUUCUAACAGUAUUUGAAGAAAAUACAUUCUUCGGAAAAAAAAAUGUUUUAAAAAUGAUUUUAAAAUUUUUACUGUAAAAUUAAUUUUAAAAUUUUUACACUACAUUUUAUCCAUGUUUUUCAAAUGAAAAAAAUUUGUAUUAUCUUUAGUUAACAUAUUAAAGCUGAGGAAUAUUUUUUAUCGACAAAAAAAAUUCACAUUAAUUUUGUAAUAAUUUUGUAAAAAAAAAUGAAAAUUAUUCAUCUGAAUACAUUUUUUAUUAUCUGAACAAACAUUCAUAUCAUUAAAAUAUUAUACCAAUUUCUAAAAGAAAUUAUUUAAUUUUUUGAACAUAAAGAAAUGUUGAAUGUCGACCAAAUUUUUGACGACAAAAGAAAAUGUUUUCUGCACAAAAUAAAUUGAAUUUCCUGAAUUAUAAGAACCAAUAUUUAUAAUUUAAUACAAUUAGAAAUUCAUCAUUGAAAAUAGAAUUAAAAUUUUCAUUGAUAAUUGUAAAUAUCUAGAUAAUGAUAUCAUCAGGUGCUACUAGCGAUGAUAAGACGAUUUGUUUUUAAACAAAUUGUUGUAGAAAAAAUAAUUAUUCGGUUUGGAAACUUAUUUUUAUUUAACAAAACAAUUUAAUGUAACUAGACACUAAGUAGUAAUUAUUUUAUAAACAUAUCACUUAAUAGUUAAUGUAGAUAACAAUAUUUUAUAAUAGACUGAUGAUGAUGAUGAUGAUGAUGAUGAUGAUGAUGAUGAUGAUGAUGAUGAUGAUGAUAAUAAAAUUUAACAAUAAUCGAGAAAUAAUCAUUAGAUUAAUAUUAUGUGAUUUAAGUAUGUUUAGUACAUGGUAGAAAUUGCACAAAAUUGUGAUGUUUUAAAUAUAUGUACCUAAUAAUUUCUGUACAGUAGAGAAAAACGAAUCGACGAUGUAUAGUGCCUUUAAAUAAACUUCUUUAUUAAAACCAA